UGAUCUGAUUGGCCGUUGAUAUGUGGAACACCAUCACAACUUAUUCGUUCAGCGAUUGUUGACAUGGCAUGACCUUCUUCAUUUGAUUCGGUCCAUUAUGUCUAUUGCGUUUGAAGCUUAGGAGUGAAGCCUUUUCAAAGUUAGUGGUUUGUAGGGUGUACAAUCAUGGCAAGACACAGGAACGUAAGAUCUAUGAACUAUGCUGAAGAGUAUGACGGCUAUGAUGAUGUCUACGGGCACUCUGUUGAAGAUGAUUACAGCAUUUCUCCAAGUGAUGCUGCAUAUGUGUUCGACAGAAAUACUAAUAAGGCUCAAAUGUCAGCCUUCCUAGCUGGAGAUGAAGAUAUAGCAGAAGAAGAUGAGGAUGCUGAGGAAGGAGUUGAGUGUGUUAAAAGAAGAGAUUCAGACACAUUAGGUCUACGUAGUCGAAAUUUAAGUGAGCUUGAUGAAGCCAGACUGAGAUCUUGUUUAGAUGAAAUACGUAAUGUGAUAGGAGACUCAAUGUCAGAGGCUACCCUGGCUGAUAUUAUCUUAGCAAACGAUUUCGAUGUUGCCAAGUCACUGGAUGCAUCUCUUUCAAAUGCUGCUGACGACUCCAUCAAGCCACCUCUCAAGAUAAAGAAGCAAGAAACUCUUCUUCCUCAAAGAGAACCAAGGGCUCUUCCAUCAAUAGCAGGAAAAAUUCCUCAAGUAGGUGAAUCGGCCAUUCUUCUCACACCAGCUUUGUCAGACGUGACUGCCUCUCCCACUCUGCCACCUCCCAUAAAAGUUGUGCCACCUGGAGUCAAGACUGUGAAUGUCACCAAGGGAUUCGAAGUUCUUUCUGUGAAGCAAGACCAUGAUUCUGGAGAGGGUUUGCGACCAUCCGUUUCAACACCCGGCACUCAGUCACCUUCCUCGGGACGUGCCACCCCAUCUGGAAGAAACACUCCUAACAUUGGUGAAUCUGGUGAGGGCGAUGGAGCAGUCCGUGAAGCCCGGACCAGGCCUCGAAUUUCAAAACAAGAUAUAAUGGACAAGUAUAAUAGUGAGAGGGGAGCCACCAAGGAGCAGCUCCACAUGGUUGUUAUUGGACACGUUGAUGCUGGUAAGAGCACUCUCAUGGGACGCCUGCUCUUAGAAUUAGGACAAGUCUCAAAGAAGACCAUGCAUAAAUAUGAACAAGAGAGUAAGAAGUUGGGGAAACAAUCGUUUGUCUACGCAUGGAUUUUGGAUGAAACUGGAGAGGAAAGAUCAAGAGGAAUAACAAUGGAUGUUGGGCAGUCAAAGUUUGAAACCAAGUCCAAACAAGUAACAUUAUUGGAUGCUCCUGGCCAUAAAGAUUUCAUACCCAAUAUGAUCACAGGAGCAACUCAAGCUGAUGUUGCCCUUCUUGUUGUUGAUGCUACUAGAGGAGAAUUUGAGACAGGAUUUGAAAGUGGUGGACAAACUCGUGAACAUGCAUUACUUGUCCGAUCUCUUGGUGUGAGUCAACUGGGAGUAGUAGUAAAUAAAUUGGAUACUGUGGGCUGGUCUCAAGAUCGGUUUCAAGAAAUUACUUCAAAGCUAUCUGCUUUUCUUCGGCAAGCAGGCUUUAAGGAAUCUGAUGUGACAUAUGUACCUUGCAGUGGACUCACGGGUGAAAAUAUGGUUGUCAAACCAACUGCUGCUGACCUCACCUCAUGGUAUACAGGACCAUGCCUCAUUGAUGUUAUUGAUGGCUUCAAAACACCUGAAAGGCCUAUCACAAAACCAUUCCGAAUGUCUGUUAAUGACAUUUUCAAGGGCAUGGGAGCUGGAUUUUGUGUAUCAGGCAGGGUGGAAACUGGUAUGGUUCAGCCUGGAGAUAAAGUUCUUGUUUCACCUUUGGGAGAGACCGCUUUUAUUAAAGUCUUGAUGGUCGAUGAUAUGCCCAUCCAGACUGCAUUUGCUGGAGAUUGUGUGAGUGCUACAAUUUCUGGAAUGGAUCAACAAAACAUAUCAGUUGGCAACAUACUGUGUGAACCUCAAAGACCUAUACCUAUCACUUCACGAUUUCAAGCCCGAAUAGUUAUAUUUCAGCUGAGAGUCCCAAUUACUAAAGGUUACGCAGUUGUGUUGCAUCACCAGUCUCUUGUUGAACAAGCAGUCAUAUGUAAGCUUGUUGGCCAACUUCACAAAAGCACUGGAGCCAUCAUUAAACAAAAGCCUCGUUGUUUGAUUGGAAACUCUAUAGCUCUUGUAGAACUUGAAGUAUCUCGUCCUAUUUGUUUGGAAUUGUACAGUGAUAUCAAGGAACUAGGUCGAGUUAUGUUAAGAGUUGGAGGAGUCACUAUUGCAGCUGGCUUAGUUACCAAGGUAUACUAAGAUUGUUGCUUUGUUUUUUUCUUUUUCAAAUCUGUCUCUUUCAAGACUGUGGUUUAAAUAUUGUUGAUGUACAUAUUUCUGUAACUAGUCCCCUUUUUGACUUAGAGUACAUCUGAACAUAAAAUAGUGCUCAAUAUCAACAAUAAAAUUACUGGUAUCUGGGCCAAAUUUUUGUUUACACCAACCGUCCUACUUUUGUUGAAUUAUUGUUGUCUGUCUUUGUUGUUUGCAUAUUCAAUUUGCAUUUAAAAAAUUAAUGGAUCAACUUAUCACAGUUUUUUUGUGAUCUACAUCAGUGUGCUUUGAGUCACAUUUUUUGAAUUUUUAAAUAUGGAGUUGACUUUGUAAGACUAUAUAUCAUAGACUGGUAUGAUAGCAUGUUGUUGUUAACCAUGUUCCAGUGAUUCAAAAAUUAUGAUUGACUGAUUGGCUGUUUGCUACUGUCCUGCCAAGUUUUUCUUGAACCAUGGUAUAUAUCUCUGAAAAAUGUAAUAUGACAUCUCGUUUUCCUUUACUUUUUUUGUAAGUACUUAUUUUCUACCAAGGCCAUGAAACCUUGUGCCUUAUUUGGAUUAAUGUUUAAUUAAAAAAAGGCUUUUAAUCAA